AGAAAGCGAACGCGGCACGAUCGCUUUUGCUCUGGCUCCCCCGUCCCCGUGGAUUAACGGUGAUCAAACAGAAGCCAAAUAAAACAGCCAAAGAUACGGGCCCGCGAAGGAGAGGGCAAAAAAUCGCUCAACCCCGGAAAAUACGGAAGCACAAUUUUCACUUCGCCAAGGCAAACAAAGUUAUCUCGAUUAUAGUGAUUAUAGAGCCAGUUUUCGAACAGCGGCCGACUGAAGCGGCCCCUGGGGAAAUGAAUCGAUUUCAUGUGCUGAUUUCGACCGGUUGGGACACCUCCAACGCGGACGCGGCCGACGGUGGAAAGUUGUGUGCCUACUAGGUAUGUGCUUUUAAUUGGUGUUUAUGCUGGCUUGACAAACCGGCCGGCCAACAGAAAAAAAGAGGAUAACCUCACGGUGGCAAUUCUUCCCACGCUAAGGGAGAACGCUAUUAUCUUCUUCAGAAUCGAGGCCUUAUUUUUCCAACAAUCGGCGUUCGGUGCCGUUCGGUCCGUGUGUUAGCUUUAGUGGUGCUCAAGCGUCCCGUAGUGUCCAACGUGCCCAACGUGGUUUAUUAAUUCGCAAAUCCUCUCGCUGCAGUUGUUGCUUUAGUAUCUCGUGUCCGUUUUCUUCCCGUUUGUCGCCCUAAACUACAAUACCACUUUUCGUGUAUACGACGGCAUAAAAAAAAACACAAAAUUAACGAUGGUUUGUGUCGCGAGUGAACGGGCGAUCCGAAGGACAGUUCCUACGGUGCCUGCGUGGCCACUGAUAGCGUUGAUGGUGAUGGCGGAACUAGGCCAAAUAUUUGGCUACCACAUCCGGCACAUCGAGGAGGAACCGAGCCACCAGCUGCAGCAGGAUCUGAUGGACUUUAUCGAUUUGGUACCGUUUGAGGAUGUGCAGCGAUUGAUGCAGUACUACUAUCACUACGACGUCGAGGUGGAGAGUGCCUUCGACUAUGUGUCCACCGAGGACUACACGCAGAUCCGGCUGGACAUUGUGAAUCUUGGUGAGGUGCGCAGCUUUCGCCGGUACCUGGACAGCAUCGGGUUCAGCGUGGAGAAGGUGUGGACCGAGCUGAACAAGCGCUUCGAUACCGAUGACAUCUUUGCCGAGCCGGACGAGAGUCUCAGGAUGUUAAAUCUCACCACCAGAGGAUUGAAUGGAUUAGUCGAUGACAUAUUGGCGCUGCUGCCGCAGGACGAAAUAAUCCUGCUUUUCUUCGACAAGCUGGAAACGAGCAAUGAUUUUUCCUUCUUCUUCGAGCAGAUCGGUAGCGGAGAGUUUGAGAACGUACUCAACAUGCUGCAGUCCUCGCAGCAGCUGCGGAUACUGCUCUGGAGACUACAGCGGCACGGAUUCGAUAUUCCCGGAUGGAUACAGCUCGUGCAGAAGUAUUUCAGUUUCAGUAGUUUCUAAUUCCACGUCAUCCUUUUUCCUCGGGGGAUUCUCGCUGGGUUCUCGUUUAAGGCUCCAAUACAAACGGGGAAAUGCUGUAAUUGAACACACCUAGACAUGAAAGCAUUCCUUUUUAUAUUGCGUUGUGUUCCGAAUACUAAAACAAAUGUGUUUACGUUUAAUAUUUUGUAAAAUGUGACGUACUGUGCGGUAAAUAAAUCGUUAUGU